AUGGACGAGUCCACUCAAGAGCCGACCCCGAGCUUUUACUUACCCAAGCCAUUAGAGCAGGACAUGGCCUUUGUCGACCCACAUUCACGUUUCAAUCCAUACAUGCCACCGAUAUCAACGAAUUACUCACGUUUAAAGCCGAAGUCAUCCUAUAAUUAUGUGGCCGCGACCCCGACCACCACUCCAACCACAGCUUACCCUCCCUCCACCUACCAUCACCACUACCGCCCGGCGUCAAGUGCUUCUUUUACUAGUUUUGUUCCUCCGUCAGUGGCUGAGCAAACAACCUUCUCUCGCUCGCCAGCCUCCACAUCCAGCCAGGUCUCGGACCCUCCCAGACAGUACUUCAAUCCUCACAAGGGACCUCCUCCCUUUACCCAUUUUCCAUCUACUGAGUCCCACUCCUCGGCCGAACGAGAAGAUGACCACUAUGAAUCAAUCAGAACUCAGAAAGAGCAACAGGAGUCAGAUGCCCAUGUUCGCCGGGCGCGUCUAAUUGCGGAAAAGAAUGCGACACUCAAGCGCAUGGAGGAACGGCAGCUCAAGGCGCAAUCACAGUCUUGGUUCGAGGAGUCUCAGCGGUUGGCCACUGAGGAUGCUCACAAGAAGGAUGAUGAAUGUCGACGGGCGGAGGAAAAGCGCCGGAUGGAACAGGCGAAAGCUGAGGAGCGAAGGGCACAUAGCUCCGGACGAGAGCGCAGGUACGAACGGGAACGCUCUCAAACCCCCGACAUUCCGAACUGGACGAACGGAAAGGGCCAUGAUGGGCGGUUCAAGGACGAGCAUGGGUUCGACUCCGGAAGUGAACGUGCAAAGACUGGGAACCGUUCCCGUGAAUCAGGCAAAGCUCGUGAACGAGUUGACAAAAAUCAACCGCAACGUCCUAAUUCGCCUUCGUCAGUAGCUGACGCCUGGGCCACCUAUGAAAAGGCGUGCGCCGAACUCAUGGGCGCCAAUCCUUCUGAUGAAAAGAUGAAGAGCAGCCUCAAUUUCUAUACUAUUCCAUGGCCGGUUUUAGGUCAAGCUAAAUCAUUCCAUGACUUGACCAGCCAGAGUAUUGCUGCAUUUAUUCUCUCACCUCAUCACUCCCAAGGCAAAACUCCAAGGGCUCGCCUGCGUGCUGCCAUUUUGGUCUGGCACCCCGACAAAUUUGCACAAAAAGUUCUUCCACGUGUUACUGAUUCUCAUCGCCUUGCCGUCAGCGCUGGCUCUGAUAUCAUUGCACGCGUGCUCACAGAACUCAUCUCCACACAUGGCAAUUAA